GCUGUAGUUGUGGCUGUGGCACACACAUCGUUUGGGCAGCGCUUCGCUUAAUGGCGCUGUAAUCAAAAGUCAUUAUGUCGAGCAUUGGCAUCAAGGACAACGCACAACGCACAGGAUUCCCUGGUCGUCUAGGGUUCGACUUGAUCCGCCGUCGUCGUCGCCGUCGACGUCGUCCAUUUGCUUACAAUGGAAAAUUACGCGUAUUAUGACCAGGAUCAGCAAUGGCAGGAGGGCAACUCUCAGUCUCAGUCACUCAGCUGGGGUUGGGCUUCGUCCGUUCUAAGCCAGGCGGUGGCCAAAGCAGGAAACACAAAUCCGCCGCAUCAUUGCCAUUGCCAUUGGCUUUCUCCCUCGCCCUCUGUUAAUGGGCGCGACGGCGAGCAACAGUUUCCUGCCUCGGACCGAGCAAGGAUAAUACUGACACUGGCUAUUAAACGACGCACGGAGAAGGCGGCUAAAACGCGGAUUAGGCCCAACUGCACGCACAUCAUCGUCAUCAACAUCAUCGUGAGGUAGCAAAACAUCAAUGAGGGGGGGAAACAUCGAAAAAAAAGGCAUUUUGGGAUGACCAAGUGCAGGGCAGAGAUCCUUCACAUGUAUGCAAGGACACGUGCGGCCACAAAAAAACAAGAAAAUUAUGGGGAAUGCGAGCACAUUCAUUUGAGGAGAAUACAAAACCAGAAAAAAAAGAAAAGUCUUCGUCAUGAGUCAUCCUCACAAACUAGAAUGUGUGAAUUUAUUUAUUGUGCCAAUGCGUUAAACUAUUUACUCGAUUUGUCUUAUCAAAAUCAACACAUUGAAUU